CUUAAAGCACACCAUAUCUGAGGCGGCAAAGGCACCCACAAUGACGGUUUCGAGGCACAUUUCCAGACAUAUUGUCUUUGUGGUUACCAUUCUGCUAGUUAUUGGACUAAAGGUGACCACAGCUCGAGGUAGACGUGGCGGUGGAGGUUCUCGUUUCGGUGGAGGUUCUCGUUUCGGUGGAAGUUUUCGUUCCAGUGGAAGUUUUCGUACCAGAGGAACAUUUGGUGGAGACUUCGAUAUCGACACUGACAGCGAUAGUUACAGCGACACUUACCAAAUUUGUCAGAACAACAACAUCAACGUGAGUGAAAGUGUAUCAGUUUACGGAAAAUUUUACUGUCCUAUGAGCAACCAGCCUUCUGACUAUACCUACUGCUGCGGAGAAUCAGGGAAUCAAAGAUGCUGUAGAUAUGCCGAUGACCCAGGUAGACUUGCAGGCCUUAUUGGUGGAAUCUUCUUUGGGAUCAUAGUUAAUGCUGCAUGGAUAGGCUUUUGCCUAUGUAGGAAGAAGAUGUGCGGAAGAAAAGAGUCGGAAGAUUCGGCCAAUCCUCCCAAUCAGUUGACACUGACACCCGCAGCUCCACCCUACGCUAUCUAUCCUAACGGUACAGCCCCUUACGGUUACCCCCAGGCAGGCGUAUACCCUCAGACUGGGGAACCUGGUUACCCUACACCCUACCCAGCUUCGGAAACCCUGGCCUAUGACAAGUCUGAUGGCUUGUCCCACUCGCCUAACCCUACAGGCACAACUGAGGCACUACCGUACUCCGCCAACCCGGUGGGAUUGGUCCAGCCAAAUCUGCCCAACAACAGUCACUCCGACCCUGAUUCAACUGAGCAGAAUGUAACCACUCGCUACUGAUGCCUUGAAGUCGGCCGGCACUUUGGAAAUGAUCAGGUUCGCUUUACAUCAGAUAUCAGACAAGGAAAAGUUCGACGAAGUAGUUUUCAGAAUAAUUCUUUUUUUCUUUCCUCGCUUCUUUUGUCAUUCCCAAUGCAUAAGAAUUCUUUAGCACUGACGUUCAAUAAACUGUGGACAGUCAGCGUCACGUGGAUGUAACUAACAUGAUGACAUUUUAACCACAAUAUUUGCCGCCAUCGUACAUGUAGCUACGUAUUCUGGUGCGGUAAGUUAAGUAAGGUUAGCGAGUUGCUCUCCUAAGAGAUUCCCAUGUACACGUGUCUCAUAGAAUACAUCAUUAAUUUCCUUUGGAGAGAUUAUUUUUAUUUAGAUUUCUUUAUUUUGCUGCAAAUGUAUUAUUAUUAUUAGUAAACUUAAAUCUUUGACAGCGGUUUAGAAAUGAACUUUUUUUCAUGUUUUGUCACUGAGAGCGAAACUUCCAGAAAACUUACAAACAUUUCAAAGUUUCAUUGAGACUGUCCUAUAGAUAAAUGAAAUUCGCCAUUUGUUUGCUUCUCUGCUUUCUAAAGAAUUAUUUUGUUCAUCGACGUUUUAGUAUGUGUGUACACUGAUAGUUUUACAGUUAACAUCUAUAUCUUUUACGUGUAUAUUUACAAAACUGGUAGAAAAGAUGAUGACGUGUGUGAACUGUGUAACAAAGGAAAAGAAACUACUGAACAUUUAUUUUUCCAGUCUAAACUAGUUAAAAUGUUUUGGCGUAGAUCUGAAACAUAAGAGCAACUUUCCGUGCCAAAAUGACAAUGUUACAGCUAUUAUAGGCUUAUCCGACGAAAAAAAAAACAAACAAUUAUAAACAUUACUUAUAUUUGCAAUAAAGUGGGCUUUUGAGACUAACAAACUAAAAAGACCACUGAAUACAGAAAAUCUACUUUAAACAAUUCAGUACUUUAGAAUGGAAAAAUAUGUUGCCAAAAUAACGGGGACGGAACGUUGAUUAAGAGACAAAUGGAGUAGCAGUAACGUUUGCAUGUAUCAUUGAUAAAGUUCAUAAAAAGAAUUUUGAAAACAAUAACUGUGCGUAUAUAUAAGGUUGUAUUUAUCCGGAUUCAUCAUUGUCAAUCAUGAAUUUUUUUCCUGCUUUAACAAACGAAAAUUUGUAAAUUAUAACUGGUUUAAAUAAAUAAUAAAGACUUCGCAAAAAGAGUAUGACAGAUAAUGUUCCAUUCAGGGGAGACAACUGGAAUGCAUAUAGCCACAAAGUUUUCUUCUUUAAAAAGAUGAAACAUAAAUUUUCAGACUGAGUACAGUUAUGACAGUAUUUCAGUAAGGCUGAAAUUGCUCAUUACGUAUAAGCAUUUCUUCGUUGCAACCACAGAAUAGGACGAGUAACGAUUUGCUAACUGACCAAAAUUAAUUACACCUAUAGAAUAUAGAAUAAAACGUCCAAAUUAUUACAGAAUACUUUCUAGCAAAGGCAGUGGUUAUUUCCGUUAUGUAGAUAUGCGUAAGUGAAGUUCAUGAGAGUGUUUGUCAUUUGAUACCGUACUUUAGAACUGUCACAAUGAAUGUAGUGCUUUCGCGUUUUGUUUUUAAAAGCAUUCGACUGCGUCAUUCUUGUUGGGUUGAUAUAUGUAUAUCUGAACUGUUGUUUUCAAAGGCUCACAUGUUUUAAGAUUUUUUUGUAGGCGUAUGUAUGUGAAAUAUUAUAUUCAUAUAGACAGAGCUUAUUGGUAAUGUUUAAUGACACAUUACCUGUAUAUAUCUAUGAUAAAUGUUGUUGACAAAAUGGGUAUUGGCUUAAGUGUAGUAAUAGGGGGGUUUUUUGCCCCCGAAACAGAGUAAGGCAGGUAAAUUUAUGUCUACAAAAGCUGCCUAACAUUUUUGAUAAGUCAUAUGAUACAAUAGGACUACUUUUACCUUUAACGACAAAAGAGUUCCGUCUCAAGACUCCCGUAGUACUUUGAACAUUCAUGUAAACGUGUAUAUAUUGUUUAUGUUAAUACAUAGAUAUUUUGGUAAAAAUAUGUUUAUUAUUCAUAUGUCCAUGUGCAUUUUGGAGUUCAUGCGAAUAUAUGAUGGGGGUUUCAGCGUAAGUUUAUGUAAGUGUGUGAUGACAUGUUCAUGCAAAUCGUUGUUCCUGUCGGUGCAUGUUCAUUAAAUGAGGUUUCUAGCUGAAUGUUCAUAUAAAUGAAUGUGUAAAAGAAAAUAAAUAUUCAUGCAAGUCAGUGUAUGUUUAUUCAAAUCCAUUCUAAUGUUUGAUUAUAUCCGCUAGU